AUGCAGAAGCCGUGGAUCGAAACUCCUUUGAUCGAGUCUGCAGCCUUAUCAAAGAUAGCAGGAUGCAGAAUCUUUCUGAAACUAGAACUCCUGCAGCCGUCUGGCUCCUUUAAAUCAAGUUCCUCGGGUGGCAAUGCGGGACUGGCGGCUGUCAUCGCUGCCCGGGAUUUGGGCUGUCACUGCACUGUGGUCGUGCCACUCAGCACGAAGCCGCUCAUGAUCAGCAAGCUGCGGGCUGCGGGUGCCGCCGACGUGAUACAGCAUGGGGCGAGCUGGUUCGACGCGGACACGUAUCUACAGUCGAAGUUCAUCGAUAACCAGGAAACCGAAGCUUCUCGCCGAAAGAACAUCUACGUGUGUCCCUAUGACCAUCCACAAAUCUGGAAGGGUGUAGCGACGAUGUUAUCCGAGAUAACAGCCCAGCUACCUCCCAGAGAAGCUUCGUCGGCGUGCAAUUUCCCCGCCGAUGCAAUUGUUUGCAGUGUUGGAGGUGGCAGUCUGCUCAACGGCAUUGUCGAAGGUCUUGAUGAGUAUCUGCAAUCGCAGCCAAGUAAUGUGGAUGAACUCCGAAAGAAUGUCCGGGUUCUCGCCGUCGAGACACAGGGGGCGGAUUCGCUGGCCUAUGCGCUCCGGUGUGGAAGCCUGCAGUCCCUUACUGGCAUCACAUCGCUCGCCACUUCGCUUGGGGCUGUUUGUGUUGCUAAUCAGACGUUCGAGAAUGCACGUUCGCCGCCGGCCGGCAUCGACGUUAUCAGCGUUGUGGGCUCGGACGCUGAUGCUGCUCGAGGGGUGGUUCUCUUAGCUGAUGAUCUACGGUUUCAGGUAGAAUUGGCUUGCGGGAUCUCCGUUGAGGUUGGCGUCGGCCAAAGAUUGAAGGAGAUCAUGCCGGAUUUGACCCCGGAGAGCAGGGUGGUCAUCGUCGUCUGCGGUGGAAGCAACAUCACGGCCGAGAUGAUUGCAGAGUAUCGUCUUCGACUUCAGGAGGGUUGGAAAUGA